UCACCUUACUACACCUUAUCGGAAUUAGAGCGAAAUGAAUAUUCAAAUUAAAUGUGCAGUUUAUUACAAUUAGAUCUACUUUAUUUCUUAACAUUUAACACAGAAAUGGAUCUUGCUACCUUGGAAUUAAUUGUAUUUUGUGUUAUUACAUUCUAUAAAGGUGUCACAUCGAGAAUUAUAUUCAUUGAUAGUUGCAGAACAGUUUUAGAAUUUACAAACCAUGACUCAUCUUUUACAUUAACCUACGAUGGAGAUUUUCUAACCGAACCAUAUGGCUAUCCAUGUGUAGCUUUCGUUGAAAUAAGCCACGUUGAAGACACGACUGUCAACAUAUGUGUGAAGUUAAAUCCGGGAUACGGCACGUGUAAACAGUUUUUCAAAUUUUACUAUGCAGAGGAUUUUGUAAACAUUUAUAAAUACUGUGAACAAAUUCAAUAUCAAGCUGUUUGUCAAAAGUCUGAUGCAGUGUUUAUUGAAUUUCAACCUUGGAACAAAACAGAAUAUUCAGAAGACGUUAAAAUAGAUGUAUAUGAAGAAGAAUAUAGUGAUGAAAGUGGUGCAACUUUGCUUGCUGGUAUUAUUAUUGGCUUAAUUGCUAUCGGAAUGGUUAUGGUGUCAGCCGCAGCUGUUCGGCAGCACGUUUGUUCUCGAGAUGACAGGGGACAAACUGUUAACCAACCUAGAGCACAGCUGACACGUUACAACUCGCGGGAUGAUUCACAAGAACACCAAAGUCCUGAUAAUUCUGCUGGACCGCCACAAUAUGCCGACGUUAUGGCUGCCGAAAAUCGAGAAAACAACGUCAGCAUUACACAUAAUAGGGAGACUUUAGAAAAUGAGUCUCAAAACCGUCAAUGUUUACAAGAAGACACUUUAAAUCUAUCUGCACCACCAUUACGCGGUGACAUCGUUCCCGAUGAACCUCCGUCGCUUCCUGAUGACACCAUUCCAGAGGAACCUCCGCCGCCAUAUCCAGGGUAUUAGAUUAAAGUACACAGUGUAUAGGUUCUAAACACACAAUGUAUUCCAUAUACAGUUGUUCGGACAGUAGCCAAUUAGUACCGUUUGGAGGAUGUGAUACUAUAACCAGUAAAACCUCCUUAUAACGAAUGAAACAUUGCGUUUUAACUUAGUACAAAUCUCGUAUUUAUAACCAAGAAAACCUCAAAGUUCAUAGGCAUUAAACCCUUGAGUUAAACAAAGACUAGUUGCAAACCAUAAACCGACAGUUCUUACUUUUCAUAUGAGGCCAAACGAUACUAUAUUUAUUAAAAUAAAAAGAAAACUAGUGAAAAUACCAUUCCCGCUGUGUACACUCCUAGCAGAACAUACUAAGCCCAUGCACAGUUGAAAACAAGAUGGUAAUAAAUCAUCAUUUGGCUACAAUGGGUGCGGAUAGGCACAUUUGACCAGUAAAUUCAAGGCAGCCUGGAAAACCUGGGAUGGGUUAAGAAACUUAAGAAACCUUCGCGAAUCUGAGAAAAUUGUUGGGGCAAAUGGGUUCAGCCCAUGUCCUUGAUCCCAUCCCAUCCCACGAGCCCAUCCCCGGUGUUCCAGGAUCCCGUAAAUUCAAUCGGUUAGAGUGUGACCCGAUGCGUACCCGUUUUCAACGUGCCAGUAAUGUUUAAAUGCCCGGACAACACUUAGACUGUAACAAAACGAGACGUAAUUGAUCCUCUACUAACUGGAGAAUAAAAUCUUUAUAUUUAAGAAAUAAUUUAUAGCAAAAGAGUGCUUUAACACUAUUUAUGCACGAUGGGAGGUUAUACGUCGGGCGUUAUAAUUUCACGAGGGCACAGCCCGAGUGGAAUUAUCUGUACGACGUAUUACCGCCCGAGUGUAUAAAUAGUGUUAAAACACGGUUUUGCUAUAAAUUAUUUCAAUUCUAAUAUGCCUUUAAUCUAAAACAGUCUAGAUGAAAUAUAGUAGCGCUCUUUCUUGGUCGCAACAAAAACUUUGACGUCACCGCACGUUAUCGUGACGUCACUCUAGCGUAAUCGUGUUUUAACAGAGACAGACAUAUUAGAAUUGAAAAUCAAUGAGCUUCUUUUACUACAUAUUGAUAUAUAUGUUGAUUUCUGAAUAUAUGUUUAUGGUGGAUAUAAUGUUUGUAUUUGCCAAGCCUGAUUACAAUAGCAUAAAAGAAGAAGAAAAAUAUAGUGUCGAAAUCAAUUUGCUAUUUAUUUACUCUGUAAAGAAAACAAUAAGAUAUGCAUGCAAAAACUAUACGUGACGUCUUUGCUGUAAACUUGCGAUGUAUAUAGCUGUUAUGUUAAAACUAAACGACAUUUUCAGCAUGAACAUUUCCUACAGCAGUACUUUCUUUUCAAUAUUUAAACAGUGCAUCUCCUACUUUGAAUGUUUUUGGUUUAUUCAAAAACUUUGCUGUCAUUUGCCGUUUCUUUUGUAAUACUAGUAAACAAAAUAUAAAGUUUGUAAUUAUUUCCUGUUUUUCUUUAUUCUAUCGCUUCCCGCUUUGGGACUUUGGAAAACUUUUCUCAACUUUGUUACUGGCUUAGAAACUUCAAAAUAGAUUUAUUUUGUAGUUUGUACAAUAUCAUGCAAUGAUUUAAUUUAAUUUUCCUUACAUUUUAUGCUGAUAAAAUUUCUAAUUGGAUUUUCGAUAGUCCGUUUGAAAAAAAAUGGGAUAAUUCAAAAAUCCAAUUUGAUUUUUAAGGGGACGCAUACUUUGAAAUUAGAAAAAAGUGGGUGGGGUAUGAUAAAAUUUACCUGCAAAAAAGUACAAGGUUUUAGUACAUGAAAUGGAUACUGUUUCAACUGUUAUAAGUACACAAAGGAUUGCUCACUAAAAUAAAAAUGAGAAAACUGAAACCAGAAAGUUAUUGUUGAAUUACAUAAGACUUAUUGUGUACAUUCAAAGUCAACAAUUAAGACUUUUUGGUGCGAAAAUAAUAGUGCUUCACCUUGUCCAAACAUUUAUCAAUGUCCUACAGAUUCUAAUUUAAAGAAAGAAUGUGAAAUAUGGUCACUGUCUUGCUUUUCAUUUCGCAUAUGUAAGCUAAAACACAUUAUUUAUUUUGUUUACAAAGUAGUGCAUAAGAAAAGAUACGGUGGUCAAGGAAUGCCACAUUCCAAAACUAAAAGAGUAUAUUCCCCUUAAUACAUUAAACAUUUAUCGUUACAGAAGUCUAGUGGCUUACAAUAAGGGCCUAGAAAUGUUGCCAUUAUUAAUUUUUAACUUGGUAUUCAUGAACUACAAUGCACGUAAAUAUCAAAACACAUUCAACAAACUUUUGAAAAUGUAUUGUCUUAAAAAUCCCUAAAAUAAGGUAUGAAAUUUGGUUGUGAGGUCCAAUCAAUGUGUAUAUGUGCAAAAGUAACAUUAUAAUCUUGUUCACGAAAGUUACUAAUACGCAGCAGGCAUGUCAAUGAUCAAAACUGGACGAAUAUACAAUUAUCCUCACUUUAAUGUCAUUCAUAAUUUAUCCUUGAAUUCUCCACCAUACUUUUCAUAACUCUGUUUGCACGAGUUGCACGAGAAUGCUGUCAUUCACGUAAAAAAAUGGGGUCAAAUAAGUUGUAAAUGCAAUAUCAUCUAAACGUAAUUAAUGGAUUAUGCAGUUCAAGAUAAACUUUAUCUCAUAACGUAACGAACAUGUAUAAUGUUGUAACAACAACUUUACUUACACUGAUUUAAAUAGCAGUCGGUUUAUAAGUGACUUUAUUGAUUCAUUUUGUGUUUUGUUAUUGUUGUCAAAAAGUAUAACGGAAGUGCCUCACAACUGAAGCGGAAACCAGUUUGAUGCGCAAAGUAGUCCAAUGUAAGUAAUGUAUUUUGACAAAUG